AUGGCGAGGUCUGUAAACAAAAGCGGGCCCCACGCGCGACCCCAGCCAGGCGAUGAGCGGCGAGGCUCAGCAGCAUCCGAGCCGCUGAGCCCGCAAGAGAGCGAGGCCCUGUGUGCCGAUCCCCGGGCUCUCCGCCUCGUGUGUCGGGUCCCAAGCACUGUACUGAUUGCCCAGCGCCGUCCCUCGGGGCGGCUCUGGCCAGCCAGCCUGCGCUCCCCAGACCCGCAGUACUCACCCGCGACGCUCAUCCCAGAUCUCAGUCACAGGGCCAGGGACAAUGCGGGGCCGCUGGGCUCCCGGGGCUGCGGGCGCCAAAGCGUUCGCUGCGCUGCAGAGCUGCGCGCCCGACGGCGGCGGCGCUGCUCCGCCCGGCUGUGCACCGGACCGUUCGCUGUCUGCCAAUCGGAGCUGUCAGGGUGCCUCCGCCUGCGGCCCCGGGGGCGGGGCAGCGGGAGCCCGUGGGAAACCGAGCACCGAUUGGGCGGCCUGACAAUCGCUCCGCCUCCGGCCGGCCAAUCAGAAACGGCGGGUACAGGAGCGGGGCGUUCGGAGUUGGGCUCGGCAGUGACAACAGGCGCACGCUGGGUACCCGGGCUGUAUCCCAGCCACCGACGCGCGACUGGAGAGAUGCUCGCACCACGAGCGCGGGGACUGCCUUCCCACGAAGUUCCGGCGGCGCGGCCAAGGGAAAGCAGGGGAAGGCAGCCUUGGCGCGGCGGGCUGAGCAACGGCGAGGAAUCCCCUAACAAAGCAGCUCUGGGAGGGCCGAGCGGCCUCCGCCUCCUCCCGCAAUAGGUCCGCAAAGCUGCCUGUCACUGUGCAUAGGUGGAGGUGGCCAAUGACGUAAAGACAAGGAGCUCGAGUUGGCGCGCGCGCGCGGCUCGGCAUCAGUGGGAUUGGUCCGAGGUAAAGGAUUUUCCUGCCACCUUAGGAGGAGAGGAAAGGGGACCGGAACGGGGGAGGGGAAGAGCCAAAAAACGUUGUACCUGAGACACGUGGUCUGGCUUGGGAGACGUGUACCAGACUCUAGGGGGAGACAGGAACUUUUUUUACGAGAGGGGAAAAAAAAAAACCCUAACGUAAUCCCUUCCUGUGGAUUCCGGGGCUGUUAGACGCUAACCAAGCUCCGGGUAGGUCACGGUGGCCUUAUCCGAAUCCUGGGAAGUCCAGGACUCGCCGGGUUGACCCACCUUGCCCAGCUAGUACACGUAAAAGCACAGCCUCACGUUCACCUACUGAGCAGAAUGCGACUCGGGCUACGUUCCCACAGACCUCCCGAUCUCUUCCGUAAAAUCUGGAAACGAUGUUUGCCUUUUGAAAGGUUGUGAAGGACGAGGAAGCCCGGACGCUGACAGUAGAGACUCUAAGGAAAUCUCUUCCCCACACCCGCCCGUGCUUCGUCCUCACCUUAAGAGCGUUAGACACCACCAUGAAGAACAAAGGUUGGGAUGAAAAUUCAU